AUGGUCUUGAUUCUCUGUCCAAUGAAGAAUGCGAUCGAACACAUCUGGCACUACUUUCACCUCAUUGACUCGCUCACCUAUCCACGUCACUUGAUCCAGAUCGCUGUCCUCGUGAGUGACUCUCACGACGGCACAUUCAAACGCGCAAAAGAGCUCGCCAACGAGCGCCAGACCAAAUGGCGACGUCAUCUCCGCUACAACAAGAUCAGCGUGCUCAACAAAAACUUUGCAGACUCUCCUGCUAUGCCUGCAGCGGGUAUCGAGAAUAUCGGCAAGACGAGGCAUUCUUUCGAGCUGCAGAUUCAUCGACGAACGCUGCUAGCCAAGUCGCGUGCGAGCUUGCUGUCGGCUGGUCUGAGUCCAGAGGUCGACUGGGCGCUCUGGAUGGAUGUGGACAUUGUCGACUACAAGCCGACACUGAUCGAGGACCUCCUGUCCUGGUCACGAAGGCUCAAGACUGCAGACGUCAUCGUGCCAAAUUGCAUGUGGAAGACGUAUGAUGAUAUGGGCCCUUAUGAUAAGAACAAUUGGGCCGAAACUGACGAGAGCAUGGCCAUCAAAGCUUCGUUGCAGCCCUCAGAUAUUCUCAUUGAGGGCUACCCUGAGCUGCAGACUGGGCGGUAUCUUCUGGCAGAUGCCUACUCGCGGGAGCGGCCAGAGACGUCUCCGGAUGAGAUGGAGCUCGAUGGCGUCGGCGGCUGUUGCACCUUUGUCAGAGCCGAGAUGCAUCGCAAUGGCGCAACGUUUCCAGCCUACGCGUUCGACAAUCAGAUCGAGACGGAAGGCUUCGCACAGAUGGUCAAAAGACUUGGCGGUCGGAUGGUUGGCCUGCCGAAGUAUCACGUCUUUCACGGGCUGUACGGCUAG